ACUAAGUCCAUGUCUAAUAAACUUUCACAUGUCUGAAUAUUUUGUUAGAAAUGGCACCGUUAAUUUAUGGUAAGUUGAAAUAUUUGUUUUUUCAAACACAUGGUAAGUUGAAUUUUUAUUUUUAAACACAUGGUAAAUUGAAAAUAUAUUCAGUAUAUAUAUACGAUAGGAAACUGUAUUUUCAAUCUCAUCAUCUACAUGCAAGUUUCCAUAGAGAAAAUAUUAUGUUGAGAUAGUAUAAUAAUAACUAAUUAUGGAAAAAUGGCAAUUAGUAGACAAACUAAUCAUUGUUUUCAUAGACAAGAGACAAAACAUUGCAAGGAAAACAAAAAAGAAUUCUCCAAGUUACUACAUUUCAUAUAUUUAAAAUAUCAAGAAAAAUGAAAAAAAAAUAUAUGUUGCUACCAUUAUUGGUUGAAUACAUAAAACUAUAUACUAAAUUUUUUGUAUUAUUUAGAAAAAAACCAAAAAAUAUAUAUUUUAAUUAAACAUUUAAAUGAAAAGAGGCAUGCAUGCAUUCAGAACGGUCAAAUAUAAAUAGGAACCUGUAUCACAGUGUCAGUGAUCUUCCCUCCCCAAUCGAAUAUUCUACCGAUCGCUUUACUUUCCCGAAUUCAAAAAUUUCCCGGAAAAUUUGUAAAGAAUCGUUACUUUCCCGAUUCAUUUCCUCCAGUGAUCUUCAUCGUAUUCCAACUUCUCCUACAUAAAACCAAAGCAUUAGCUUUCUCAAUUAUCACACGGAGACUACAACAAACAAACAAAAAAACAUGACGAAUAAGCAGCAGCUCGAUGACGUGGAGGCGGAGAAAGCGGAAGCGAUGAGGAGAUACAACAACCAGAAACGGUUCAGGAACAUCGUACGAGCAGCCGCCGUAGCUUUCUUCUGCUACUUGUGGUUUCCCACGCUACAAGCUGCCUGCGAUUGGUUUAACCGAACCGGAGCGGUUAUUAAUUUAACCAAUCGCGCGUUCGUCUUCUUCUUCGUUAACGUACUCGUCGGUUUGAUCUUCCUUCUAUCUCGCGAUCACGGCGACGAAGAUAGUGGGAGUGUUAGGACCAACGAGCCAGACCUAUACGAUCAGUACACCUCCUUCUCCGCCGUAACCGUAGCCGUAACCGCCUCCGAUGAUGAUGAUUCGAAAAAGCAAACCGUUCCGACGUUUAUCACGGUGGUCCACGAGGAGGAGGAGGUGGUUGAGGAGAAACAAAUCGUUCCGGCGGAGGAGGAGGUGGUUGUGGAGGCGGUUACAACGGAGAAUAAGGUUAUCCGGCCGGCGACUGAUUUUCGGAGGACUGAAUCGGCGAACGCGGCGAUUGAGAGAUUGAACAGCGAGGAGUUUCGUUUGAAGGUGGAGGCGUUUAUAAUGGAGAAGAAGAGAUGUCUUGUUCAGGAGGAAAACGACGUCGUUGGAUGGAGAGAAGAUGGUUCUUCUGGACUUGAGCUCGUUGGUGCUGACUAAAGCCAUGGGUCGUGCUAAAUAGAUAUGACGAUAACAUCAAAUGACUUGAAAAAAAUGUUCUCUUUUUAUUUUUAGUCACGAAAUGGAUGUAGUUUUCUCUUAUAUUAAAAACUAAUACUACCUUUCAAUGUGGUUGCAUUGCA